UGAUUACUUUAAAUUACACUUUGCAUUUUGUCUUGUUUUUUUUUAUCGAUUUAUUUCAGUUUCUCGUUUUCUUAUUGUUUUUUUUUUCAUUGUUUUGUUAAUGGAGUCGUGGUGGUUAUAGAAAACGGAGGCUUUUUUUUAUUGGGGUAAGGCAGGGGUGGGGAACGUCCGGCCUCCGGGCCGUAUAAGGCCCCCAAGACAAUUUGAUCAGGCCCGCAAGGCAGUUCAUAAAUGCUAUUUCAUAUCUCAUGAAUGAAUAAUAUAUAAUGUAAUUUUAUUAUGUGCUGGCUGCAGGUUAUUUAAAUUCAAUUAAUUAUCUAUGAACUCGGCAGUUUAGCAGCGUCAUACCCUUGAAUAUAAUUAUAUUUCUUGAUUUUUUAUUUUGUGACUGUUUUUCUUUGCACUGCUAGCGUCAGCUAAGAGCAGUAACACUGUGCAUUUCCCCACUCUGCAAGAACAAAAUCCUUCUACAACGGAUGAAUAUGCUGGUGAGUGUGCGAAACUAAUUGAGGCAUUUAGUGAAAGGUUCAAGGACGUGAAAAGUAAACAACAGGAGUUGAACAUCUUCGCUACACCAUUUAAUGUGGAACCAGCUGAUGUGCCUGAUAACCUGCAACACGAAAUAAUUCAGCUGCAAAGCGAUGAUGAGCUGAAAGCUAGGUACAACAACCUCUCACUGCUUGAGUUCUACAGACGUUACGUAAGUGCUGAUGAUUUUCCUAUUUUGAGGAGACAUGCACUGAAAUAUGCAUCUGUGUUCGGAACGACUUACUGCUGCGAGCAGUUCUUCUCAAAACUUACCCUGGCAAAGAGUAGACUGCGCUCCAGACUGACCGAUGCAAACCUGGAAAACCAGUUGCGAGUAGCAUCAUCAACAGUACCACCUAACAUCACGCGCCUCGCCAAAGAGAAGCAGUUCCAGCCGUCACAUUAGAGAGCGGCAGUGGAUCUCUACAUGGGUGAGGUGGCGAGGGGCGUGGCCAGGGGGCGGCUAGCAGCGUGUGCCACCAGGGAAAUGUGUAUGAACCUAAAUAAAGGCGCCCGUCAAGAAAGGCACAGAUGCAGGGUGGUGAGGCAGUGUUCAUCCCAGGGGCACACCACACAGGGUCAGCAACACAGAUGGUGGUGGAGAGGCACCUGUGGGACGCCCAGGGGAACACCAAACACGACCUUGACAGACAGAAGAGUUUAUUGAUGAAGUGUGGAAGAAGAGGAGGAAGGAACAAUGAUAUUCGACCAGCUGCGGCAUCUGGGGGCUUCACUUGACUGGGACAGCUGGGACAUGGAUGCAGCGAGAGACUGGCCUGUGUGUCUGUCUGUACAUCCGCACACCCUUGACCUCCAUGUCCACCCAGCAGGAGGAAGAUCUGGACACCUGUUACUCCUCUGGUCCCUCCCUUUGCCUCGCUGGGCUGGCCAGGUCAGGGGAGGGGAGAGACCAUGCUCGCUUCUACGCAACGACCUUGAAGACGGGUCACGGCAUCCUCUUGUGGGUGGCUCAGGUGGUCAUGCCGGGACUCGACUUGACGGGGAGGCUUUCCUUUGAGACUGUGCUGCUGCAUGGCCUCCAGGGUGAUGGUGGCGGCCACAAGACGUCCAAGUCCUGGGGCAGUGUGAUAGACCCCCUGGAUGUCAUCAGUGGGGCGUCCCUGGAGGUGUGUGACUUGCUGGUGCUGUGUGUUCUGUACUGGUGUUCAUUGGCUGUGGUGAGCAGUACCUUGACAGCAGGUACUGUGCGAGAGGGUGGAGGGGACCCUGAAUGCGGAAGAAGUACUCACUGGUCUCGUAUGAACUCUCCCACAGGCAUCCCAGAGUGUGGAGCUGAUGCCCUUUGGUCCACCCUGUGCUCCACCAGCUUCAGGAAACCGUCACCCCAAACAAUGAGUGGUGGAGGGUGCGUUCUGCGUUGACAGCCAGCAUGAGCGGUGACAGGAGCCAUCGGUGCCUUGCCUCCUCGCACCACCACCACAAGCACCACCACUCCUGCCAUCACCUACAAGGGGGAGACUGUGAUGUGGCUGCAGGUGGAUAGGUUCGGAGGCCUCCAGAGAGUUGCCCAGAGUGAAGCUUGUGGUAUAGAGGGACAGCUGCUGAUUAUCAAGCUUAUGGAGUGACUGGAAGAAAGUGGGAGGAGCCUGGAGGGAGUGGUGGAGGUACAGUACUCGGAGAAAAUCCCUUCACUAUGACGACUGGGUGUCUGCUGUACAGGCCACCAACCAAUGGAAUUGCUGUCUGAGGUGUGUGUGUGUGCGUAGAAGCCACCAUCAUCAACCACAGCAGGUGAUAAUGAUGGUUCCUGCUUUCAUCCUCAUUGGGGCUAGCCAGACCAACUUGGGGCUGUACUGGGGUGACGCUGUGUGCCUCAGGUGUAUCUGGAGGGCUGGGAUAGUGAGAAGCCUGCAGCCUGCCCUAGCCUGACCCGCCAGACAUGUGCCCCAGGCCUUCCCCUAGCCUGUAGAGCCAUGUAAGCCUGCAGGUCAAGGUCAGGUCAAACGCAACAGGCCGUAACGUGAAAGAUGAAGAGAUUUACGAAGACUGUGUUUGAUGGGCUCAGGUCCUCCGUGCACCCCACCAACAAACAAGAAGUUGAGGAAAUACAAAUUUUUGAGACUCUGCAAGUUGAUGCCUUCCAGAUCGCGAAGGCAUCUUCAUCUUGCCCAAGGGAGUGCCGAGGGAGACAGGCAGCGUGGGCAUGUCGCUGGUGGUAUGGGUGAUGUGUGGCUUCAUGUGGAUGGUGGGCGCGCUAUGCUAUGCAGAGCUGGGCACAUCCAUACCAAAAUCAGGCGGAGACUAUGCGUACAUUAAUGCUGGCUUUGGCUCCCUUCCUGCCUUCCUUUUCCUCUGGGCUGCCAACCUCAUCUUUGUGUAAAGUUAAAGUUAAGUUUGUCGUGCAAGUGUUCAAGUGGUGACCAUCAUGUCUUUAUAAGUGCAUAAGGGUUUUGCCAUCUUACUAAUAUCUUACUUGAACUUAAAUACUUAGUGCUGUGAUAAAUUGACACUGAAAACUGUAACUUAAUGCUCAUGUAGAACAUUUCACAUUCCUUAGUUCACUGUUAUAUUAUCAAAGCUUUGGCCUUCUCUCUGUAAUGUGUUAUAGUGGUACAGUGCCUGUGUCCCUCUUACUUGAUCUUAGUACUUCUUAAUGCCAUGAUAACUAUGCACACUGUAUAACCUUAAUGUUCACCUCCCAUUCAAGGAUCCAAAACUGUACAUAUUCCUUAGUUCACUGGCUUAUUGCUAAUGCUUUGGUCUUCCUCAGUAGUGUGUGGUGUACUGAUGAUGCCUCUGUCCCUCUCCAGGCCCACCGCCAAUCCCAUCAUGCCGCUGGCCUUUGCAAAGUAUGUGAUUCAACCGUUCUUCCCCAACUGUGACCUGCCAGAUGAUGCUGUGCGGCUCAUUCCAGCACUGUCCAUAUCUGGAAUGUACGAGUCACCACCAAGCAGCAGGAUUUCUUCAUGGUGACCAAGAUUGCUGCAUUGCCCAUUGUCAUCCUUGCUGGCAUUGUACACCUUUGCAUGGGCAACACUGGGAACUUCCACAACUCCUUCCAGGGCACCAGCACUGAGCCAGGCAAGAUAGCUGUCUCCUUCUACUCAGGCAUAUCUUCCUAUACUGGAUGGAACUACCUCAACUUCAUGAUGGAGGAACUGAAGAACCCAUUUGUCUGAGUACUGUCUCUCCCUCACUUGGCACCACACUGCCACUCACUUCUACUCACUUCUACUCACUUGGCACCACACUGCCACUCACUUCUACUCACUUCUACUCACUUGGCACCACACUGCCACUCACUUCUACUCACUUCUCACACUGCCACUCACUUCUACUCACACUGCCACUCACUUCUACUCACUUCUACUCACACUGCCACUCACUUCUACUCCACACUGCCACUCACUUCUACUCCACACUGCCACUCACUUCUACUCACACUGCCACUCACUUCUACUCCACACUGCCACUCACUUCUACUCCACACUGCCACUCACUUCUACUCAGGCAUAUUUUCCUACGCUGGAUGGAACUACCUCAACUUCAUGAUGGAGGAGCUGAAGAACCCAUUUGUUAACCUGUCCCGGGCCAUCUACAUCUCCCUGCCACUGGUGACGCUGGUCUACGCGAUGGCCAAUGUUGCCUGCCUGGCUGUGCUCUCCCCUGUCGACAUGCUGGCCUCUGAUGCCAUUGCUGUUACCUUUGCUGACCAUCUAAUGGGCCGUGGCAGUGGCGGCUGGGUGAUGCCCUUGCUGGUGGCCCUCUCAGUGCACAUCAUGACUUCCUCCAGGAGGGUUGGGAACGAGCCCCUCCAGUGGUGUGCUGUUAACUUCACGUCCUGGGUAUCCAUCCCCCUGAUGUGAGGGACGGAGGACGCGAAGACGUUCCACAGUCUGGGUGAUGCAGAGGAAUGACUGAGAAGAAAGGAAGGAAGAAAGGGAGGAGGAUACAAGAAAGAAGGAAGGAAGGAAGGAAGGAAGGAAGGAAGGAAGGAAGGAAGGAAGAGAAGAGGACAAGAAGGAAGAGAAAAGGAGGACACUCUCUCUCUCUCUCUCUCUCUCUCUCUCUCUCUCUCUCUCUCUCUCUCUCUCUCUCUCUCUCUCUCUCUCUCUCUCUCCCACAGACCCACAGGAUAUCCCCCCACAGGAUGUUGACAAACCCCACAGUCACUCCCCUCAGCCCCUCUCUCUCUCUCUCUGUCUCUCACCUACCUUCAGGCCCAGAAUAGGAACCCUGUCAGUGCCCGUCAGGAACUUCAAAAACAACUUCUUCUGCUCCAGGGAGAGUUUGUGAAAUACUUCCCAGAACGUGCGUAUGACCGGGUGGUCUGGGAAACAUUCGCCCUGGAAACACCGACAGAAAUCAAUAAACGGAAGGAUAUUAGUGUGAA